UGCGCCGCUGCCGCUGAUCAACUUCUCCCGUGAAAGCCGCUCAAAAUCCUCCAUACAGAUCCUGGCACACACAUGAGGCAUGGCAAGUCUCUUCGGGAAGAUCCAGAUCGGCAUUUAUGUGGAGAUCAAGCGCAGUGAUGGAAGAAUCCACCAGGCCAUGGUGACGUCACUGAACGAAGACAAUGAGAGCGUGACGGUGGAGUGGAUUGAAAACGGAGACACAAAAGGGAAAGAGAUCGAUCUGGAGAGCAUAUUUGCACUAAAUCCAGACAUUGCACCUGAAGAGGAAACUCAAAGUCCUGAGACCCCUCCGCCGCCCGUGUCCAGUGCCAUCAAAAUCAACAAGAUCCCUCAAAACAAGAAUCGUCGAACAGUAGCGCCACCGAAAAAUGAAACGCCUGCAAGGGAUAAUCGAGUCACUGUAGGUACGACUCGAGCGCGGCCGAGCCAACAGACCGAACCUCCUCCAUCAGCGCCCAUCCCACCUCCACCCAUCCAACACCAGACCCUACAGCAGCAGAACGCUCGCAGGAAGUCCAACUGCGUGAAGGAAGUGGAGAAACUUCAAGAGAAGCGGGAGAAGAGACGAUUACAGCAGCAGGAGCUGAGAGAGAAAAGAGCACAGGAAGUCGAUGUCAUAACCCCUAAUUAUGAAAUCAUGUGCAUGAUCCGGGACUUCAGAGCGAGUUUGGACUACAGACCGCUGACCACUGCAGAUCUGAUUGAGGACCACAGGAUAUGCGUGUGUGUUCGGACACGUCCACUGAACAAGAAAGAGCUGACCGUGAAGGAUCUGGACGUCAUCACCAUCCCCAGUAAAGACGUGGUCAUGGUCCACGAGCCCAAGCAGAAAGUGGAUUUAACCAGAUACCUGGAGAACCAGACGUUCCGCUUCGAUUACGCUUUCGACGACACCUCGACAAACGAAAUGGUGUACAGAUUCACCGCUCGGCCGCUGGUGGAGACCAUAUUUGAGAGGGGAAUGGCCACUUGUUUUGCUUACGGUCAGACGGGCAGCGGGAAGACUCAUACCAUGGGAGGAGAUUUUUCAGGGAAGAACCAGGAUUGCUCCAAAGGGAUCUACGCUCUCGCUGCACGGGAUGUUUUUCUCAUGUUAAAAAAACCAAACUACAAGAAGUUGGAUCUUCAGGUGUACGCAACGUUCUUUGAAAUCUACAGCGGGAAGGUGUUUGAUCUUCUGAACAGGAAGGCGAAGCUGCGUGUUCUUGAAGACGGGAAGCAGCAGGUUCAGGUGGUCGGGCUGCAGGAGCGAGAGGUCAAAUGCACCGAGGACGUGCUCAAACUCAUCGAGAUGGGCAACAGCUGCAGGACGUCUGGACAGACCUCGGCUAACGCUCACUCGUCCCGCAGUCACGCCGUGUUUCAGAUUAUCCUCCGCAGGAGGGGCAAAAUGCACGGUAAAUUCUCUCUCAUCGACCUGGCGGGGAACGAGCGAGGGGCGGACACGUCGAGCGCCGACCGACAGACGCGUCUCGAGGGCGCCGAGAUCAACAAAAGUCUGCUGGCGCUGAAGGAGUGCAUCAGGGCUCUGGGUCGAAACAAACCACAUACUCCGUUUAGAGCCAGUAAACUCACGCAGGUCUUAAGAGAUUCCUUCAUCGGAGAAAACUCUAGAACAUGUAUGAUCGCUACAAUCUCUCCUGGAAUGGCAUCAUGUGAAAACACAUUAAACACUCUGAGAUACGCCAACAGAGUGAAGGAGUUUGGGAUCAGUCCCUCCGAUAUUCCCUUCUCUCAGGGGGGCGGCGGGCGCUCCGAACUCUCUCCUACCUAUGAGUAUGAUGACUUUGCUACCUCACCCAGCAGGGUGAAGGAGCUGAGCAUCGACCCCAGUGCGGUGAUGGAGGGGCGCUCCGCCGGACACUCGGUCAGUCAGCUGGACGUGCUGGAGGCGCAGUGGGGAGUGGGCAGCUCUCCUCAGAGAGACGAUCUCAAGCUGCUCUGUGAACAAAAUGAAGAGGAAGUGUCCCCGCAGCUCUUCACCUUCCAUGAGAUGGUGUCUCAGCUGGUGGAGAUGGAGGAGCAGGUUCUGGAGGACCACCGUGCCGUGUUUCAGGAGUCCAUACGCUGGCUCGAGGAUGAGAAGGUUCUUCUAGAGAUGACAGAGGAAGUUGAUUAUGAUGUGGAAUCAUUUGCCACUCAGCUUGAGCAAAUCCUGGAUCAGAAGAUUGAUGUGUUAGCAGAGCUCAGAGAUAAAGUGAAGUCUUUCCGCUCGGCUCUUCAGGAAGAGGAACAGGCCAGUAAGCAGAUCAACCCCAAACGCCCGCGAGCCCUGUAGCCACACAGCACCAGCAGAACAACCCCAUCAGCCCUCAUCUCAUCUGUGUAUCUACAUGUGUAACCUGUACGUGAUGUGACGCUUUCUUUCAUCCGACAAAAGCACAUUUUAACUGUAUAGAUGAUUUGAGGUCAUACUCAACUGAAUGAUGAUAGAGUUUAAGGCCAUGAGAGGGCAUACGGUGAGCUAAUGCAUGAACAAACCAGCUCUGCAUCAUCUGACUGGACCGUGUGUGUGUGUGAGAAUCCUGUAAAUAUGUCAUUGACUCAUUCAUGCUUUUCAGAUGUAUAUAUACUGCUCAUCUACUUGCUUAACAGUUUACCAGGUAAUGAAAUGUGAUUAUACCGUCCCAAUGGAAAAGAGCAGAUACAGUCUAGAAAUAGUCACAAUUAGGGAUGCACUGAUAUAGACAUUUCAAUCUUAUUUUUAUGACUACUAAUUAAGGAAGCUUGUUUCCAACACAGGAUGACAAAAUAAAGGUACUUGUUUUUGGGAUGAAAAAAUAAUGCCACAAUUCUGCUUUAUAGAUAUAGUAUAUCUCAAAAUCCAUUUUUUUCCCUCAGAAUCAUGAGACAAACUCAGAAUUCGGACUUUCUCGCAAUUCUGUACUUUUUAAUUCUGCAGAAUAAAAAAAUAAUAAAAAAGGUAAUUGCAAUUUCUCACAGUUCUGGGGGUAUUGUGAGUUUGUCUUACAAUCCGGACUUUUCCGAAUUGUUCUGAACAGAGUUUAUAGCUCACAAUUCUGUUUAUAUCUCGCAAUUCUAACUUCUCAGAAUUGAUAAAAAACAAAACAAAAAAACAAACAACUGUGGGAUUACCUUUUAUUUUUUUAUUCUGUGAUGGAAACAAACUUCUUUAGCUAACCAGUCUGUAAUGUUUUUUAACCCUCUGGUCCUCUUAGGUAAUUUUUCACAUAAGUUUUUAAAUUUUUUUUUUAACCAAAAUCUGAGAUGGUACAAAAUUUGAAGGUUUUGCUACUUUCUAUGGGAACACAGGAAAAAACUAACUUAAAGGUUAAAUGGUCCUGAAUAAAAUAGUCACACACUUACACUGUUUGCUAUCUGAUGGGAAACAAAUUUCAUCUAGUGUAUAAGUUUGGUAGUGCGCCCAAAUAAAAUUCUACUGAAAGCUCAUUUUUUUGUGAUAUCAACCUCAAAUUUGGAACCCAACUUUAGAUUUAUGACUUUUUUUUUUCCUUUUAAGAAUAAAAUGUUUUGGAAAAUAUUUCAUAUAAAAUGUAAAAAAAAUCAAAUAAAAUUCUAUUUUUGUGCAUUUUUCAUACAUUUCUAUUACCUUUUUUUUUUAAAUACUUUUUUGUACUCCAAAGCAUUCAUGAUUUAAGACAGUUUAAGGUUUAUACUUUUUAUAAGUGGUUAAAAGACAAAUGGAUCAAAUUUUAAUACCAUAAAAUCCCUUGAAAAUACAAGAUAAAAAAACAUCAAACAUAAUUAAAAAUAACACAAAUUCAGUAAUUUUUCACUGACGUGAGGAGCACCAGAGGGUUAAAUGAAAACACACUGGGCAUCAUUUAUGAACCUCAAACAUGACAAUUAUUUUGAAUAAAUUUAUAUAUAUAUAUAUAUACACAUAUAAUGACAUGCUUCAUGUGAAAUCGGGCAUAAAAAUAUACAAGUGGGAAAUACUGUACAAGAAAAUUGGGGGGCCCCAUAUUGAUUGUAUUGGCCCAUAUUGAUAUAGUCAGAUAUAUAUUGUGCAUCCCUAGUUACAGUAGAAGUUGCAUGACUGCAAUACAGAUGAUCUCUAUAGAGACCUACAGAAACUGCUGAAUUUAAUAACUCGUGUAGCAGUGAGACGAUACGUGACUUUUUUUCUUUUGAUUGCCAGUAAGAGCCUUUACUGUAACAAAAAAACAAACAAAUGCAGGCCUUAUUGCACCAACUUCACAGUAAACUGUUAGAUUUCCAUGAAAGAAACGUGUCAGUGAACAAACUUUUAUUAAUUAAUCAUGCUAAUUCAGCUGAGAAGAACAGGCCAGAGAAGUUCAGAUAUAUUAAGAAGAACGAUUUUGUUACCAUACAGUGUUUUGUUUACAUUUUGAGGAAUAUGUAAAAGUGGUCAUUAUAACAUUCAGGCUACUGUCUCUUUUUUUUUUUUUUUAAAUGCUAUUUAUUAAAGCAUCAGUUGUUUUUAAUGUUGCCCAUCAAUGCUUGAAUGAUUUUGUCCCCGUCUCAUUUGAAGAGUUUGUGUGAUGAGGGAAUCUGGAUCUGUACGGGACUCAGUGUUUCAAUGUAUUACGUUGCUAAAAUAAAGAGCCAUUUGAAGACCUCAUUCUUCUGCUAUUAUUAUCCAGAAAACUAAAACCAAAACUUGUUUUUGAGAAAAUGUCCUCUGAACAAUCAAAAUCAUUUUUAGAUCUUUUGAAACAACUAGGAAAUUCAUUUAAACAUUAAGCACAGUGCCAAAGAAAAAAAUGCCGCCUUCUAAAA